GCAGCUGCAACUCUGAACCCUCUGCUCUUCCUCCUGGCACAGCAUCACAUUUGUUCACCAUAGGACAGAGCAGAGCCGUGUUUCCCUGGAGAGUCCGUGGUCUGUACAUGAGCAGAUGUCUGCCGAGCCGUCUCCUCUCCUCCCGCUCAGCCAUUGUGGCUUUAUUUUGAGGGCUAAUAAGAACAUUCCCGUAGCUGGGAACGUUCUUGCAUGACCACAACACCUGGAUUGUCCUGUGCAAGUGGCUGCCAUGAUGCUUGGGUUUCAGGGAAGUGCGUCGUCCUCCAAAGUGUAUCGUUGUGUGGCAUGUUCAGCCACCUUCACUGGAUUGGCCUCCUUGCUGGUACAUCAGGCAACCCAUGCUAGUGCACUCUCUAAGGUCUCUGCUGCUCCACAGCCUAACAUCAGCCCACACGACACACUGUUUGCAAGCAUGGACGCAUCCAGUGAACACCCCAGUGCACCGACAGUCUUGCCUGAGAGCCCUUCACCAUCUUUUUACAUAUGCGAUUGUGGAGAGGAAUUUCAGGACUUCAGUCUUAUGCUGGAGCAUAAGCGGUCACAUGUUUCUCAGCUACAGCUACUGCAACCUCUGGAUAAUAAUAGUGUUCUCUGUAGGACAGACGAAGCUUUUCCCACACAGCCAGGUUUGGUCCUUAGUUGCCCCUCUACCUCAAGGUCCCCAGCUGUCGAAAUACCCACAUUACCAGACCAUAAAGCGGAUACAGGCCUGGAGGAUGGCAUUGCCAUAGUAACCACUCCUCAAGGCCACUGUUCACCCCCUCAAGAUGAAGGGGGUGAACAACUUGAGAACACGUCAGCCGCAGCAGAGCAAAUAUCAAAGAGUGUAGAGGAUAUACAUUUCCAAGACAAAGCUAAUUCUGUUCUCUGCAGUGAAAAUGGUGCAAAUUUACCCAGACAAACUGAUUUAAUGAAGUUGCUGGCAUCAGCAUAUAUGAAGCGCUUUCCAACUCCUCAGUCUCAGAAUCAGAGCAAUGACGGAGUUACCCCCAAACAAGAAGCCGUUCCUGUUGACAUAACACCAGAAGCAAAAAAUGUGGUGUCUCCAAUCAAUGAUCUCUCUAUUGCACAGUUGAGGCGGCUGCUUGCGACACCUGGUAUAAAGACAAAAGCUCCAUCCAUCAGCAGAGUUCUUGAGUCCAGUAAGAAAAGGGUUGUCUCUCUGACUAAGACUUUCUCACCUGUUGUGGUCCUUGAAACCCGUCAGAAACUCAAGGAUUCUAGCAGUAUAGGCACAUAUGGUAGAUAUCAGUGUGGCCGCUGUCGUAGGGUCUUUGAAAACUUGGAUAAACUGACAGAGCAUCAUUUCUUGCACAAAAAAGAGAGGAUUAAAUGUUGCCGUCGCUGUAAACAGCUUAUCAUUGGGCGCCUGCCUUUACCUGACAAUCACGUGUGCCCUCAGUUUGGAAACAAGACCAUACAGCUAUCAAGGCCUUUAAAAAACAAGUUGCCAUUUGCCCCAAAACUAGUGCCAUUCCAUAGUCUAAGCAAUACAAGAAAAGUUUUCUUUUGUCCGUUGUGCAAACACAGCUACGCACGGAGGUGGAACCUCAAAACGCAUAAGUGCCAGGGCAGAGGGUCAACCGUCCCUCAGCAGGCCAAUCCCUCCAUUCAGAAAAUGCUAGUACUAAGAUCAAACAGUAAAGCCGAAACAGAUGCAGAGGUUAAAGCUGGAUCUCAAAUCUCCAAGAGUGUUGCAGUGGGUACUGAAGUGACUGGCUGUAUCAAGGUAGAGGUGACCUCUUCAAAUUCAGAGCAAUCUGCAGCUUCUCAGUUGGCCUGGUCUCAUCCAGCAAAAACCUUCCCACCUUUCUACCCAAAAACUUCCACAAUGGAGAAGCACAAGGAUUCCUCCCUCUGUGGGAUUUCGCUCCAGCAAGGAGAAGAAAAGAGUAGCUGGGAUUCAUCAGUAGUUGAUGAUAAUGAAGACAGUAAUGAAGGGCAGUGGACAAUGCCCUUGGAUGAUGAUAUGGAGGUGCUUAGCUCUCUAGGGAAAGCUGGUGAUGGAAGAGAGCUGAAGGAAUCUGUUUCAGGUGAACAUGCAGAGACAGCACCCCCUAGCCUGCGUUAUUUUGUCCGAGAUGGUGUAAAACGUUACCCUUGUAACAGGUGUCAGAAAACAUACAGUCGGCCAUCUACUUUGAGGCGCCAUCUGCGGCUAUGUGGGUUUAGGCCUCGUGGACCUGGGACUGUAGCACAAAGUGGUAGUCAGGGUGCCACUACACUAAAUGCCAACAAUAUGAAACCAAUGUUUCCUUGCCCUGGCUGUGGGAAGACCUUUAACCGCAAAGAUAACAUGAUGGCUCACAGAAAGAAGUGUCAGUUGCAACAAACUGUGGCAGAUGUGAACAGGGUGACUGUACAACAGGGUAUGUCAGGCAAUGCAGCAGACUGUCAAACCCAGGAGGAUGAUGGAGGCAACUGGGGCAUCAUGUCAUUGCCUUCCGUACUUCCAAGGAGGGUGACAUGCGAGUGUGGGGUUGGAUUUACAUCUCCAAGGCUUCUCCUAGAGCAUCUGCAGAAGCACGCACAGGAAUCCUACACAUGUCCGACUUGUGGAGAGACUGUUAAUUCCUGGGCAGACUACGAAGUUCAUCUGCAGAUCCAUAUGCAUCCUCAUCACCAGCUGUUGACCGGACUACAACCACAACGAUCACAACCUCUACUACUUCGAUUUCAGCAACAGCGACCUCAGCAGCAGCCAUCUCAGUCAGUGCAUCAGCAUCCACAAAAGCAAAGUGUCAAAGCAGACCAGCCUCAAAAUUCAACAAAAAAGCAGCAACGGAUUGUAUGCAUACGAUGUGGCAACACUUUUGCCACUCGGUGUUCGCUUCGAAGGCACAUAUUGUGGAAUCGCUGCAAAGGCGGACGGGCUAUAAAUCCACCUACGAACCCACCCAGAACCUAUCACUGUUCACAUUGCAACUCUGACUUCCCAAACACAAUCAGUCUUUUAUUUCACCAGAGGAGUGGGGCUUGCAAGCCCGCCAUUAAGCCCGUGCGUUGCCCUGUUUGUCUUCGCUGGUUUGGCACUGUAGACGGUUUACAGAAACACCUGCUUACUCACAAACAGUCUGAAUCAUAUCGCUGUGAUGUCUGUCAAGGUACAUACCCAAACCUUAAAUCACUCAAAAACCACCGCAGGAGGAUUCAUCGCAUCAUGGCUGGAGACACUCAGCCAAAAACACAAGAACAGCUGACGUCGUAAUGACACUUAAGUUUUUCUUAAAAAUAUCUAACAUAGAAGUGGUGCAUUUAAUAGCCAAGCAAAUUUCUGUAUUUGCCAGUUGUAAUUGACUUGUUGAGUUAUUUUGACAUUGUACAGCCUUUCAAGGAGGGGUUUUUUGUUUUGUUUUUUUAAAGCAACUCUGAGAGAGUGUUAGAGUAGCUCAUCACUGUUUUAAAAAAUACAGCUUCGAUAUCCUGUACAUUUCAGUUUUAUCAAGUUAAUCCCUUUAUUGCAAAGCCUCAUUAGCCUGUAAAUGUUCCUGAGUAUUUGGUAAUCAAACUUUUAUCACAGAGGUUGUUGUGAUGUAGCUUGUUGUUUCUGUUGUCAAUAAACAUACCGGUAUGUGAAACAUGUACAUUACAUCAUUCUGUGUGAUAUGGGAUCUAAUAUCUUCAAGGCUUUAAGGCAAAAAGUGCAGGAUUAACACAAGUCGAUGUUAUUUUAAACUUUGUGUAAAGAGCUUGUUUUAAGAUGACCAUAAUAACAGUGGAGUCACAAUUGACCCAGGGUUAUCUUUCUCAAAUGUAAGUGGAUAACUGCAGUUAAGGCCUGGAAUAGCUCUUUCUACAGCUAUCCAUGUGUCAUGUUCUGGCUUUUUCUCACCAAAACUAUCCAGAUAACCAAUAACCCUGGUUUGUGAGACAGGCUUUUUCAUUUAAUAGAUGUCUCAUCCACUGUCAUGAGAGACAGGAAAAUAGUAAAGAUAAUAUGGAAAACGUGUUAGACACAAGUCCAAACUGAAAGGGCUGGGCAAUCAAGCAUCUAAGAAGUUAAUCAUUGUUGGGCUUUUUUAUGAUAUGAAUGUAAAAAUCAAUAACUCCAGGCUAUUUGUCCUUCCAUUAGAUGACCCAUUGGGGAGUUCCAGUUCAUUCAUCUCACCUGGUUUGUGCUUGUCUAUGAAUGUUGUGGAGUAUUCAAUUAAAGCAUAGCGUCAACUGAUAUGGCUUUAAAAUGGAUCCUUUUGGAUUAAAAUUCGUAGUUUGUACCUUUGUUAAACAAAUACAUCAUUAA